AUGGCGCAAAACCUUCACACUCACGCCAAGAGCGGAACUCUCAACCUGAAGAACAUUGGCCAACUCCUCAUACAGGUCGAAGUCAAUGAUGAGGAUAGCUACGGUGACACGGCCCUCGACCUGGCAAUUCGAAACGGCCAUGUGGGUGCCGUAAAGCUGCUUCUGCAGAACGAUGCGGAUGCCAACAGAGUAUCUCCGGAUGGGAAGACCCCCCUCUAUGCGGCCACUCUAGCACCGAAUAGCGGCCGCAUUGUCGAGCUUCUGCUCAAGCACGGCGCCAAGCCAGACGAGCCGGCUUCACAGCCGAAAGGUGACACUCCGUUGAUGUCAGUGAUCAGACAAGGCACUAGCUCCGAGGCCAUCCGCGCCCUCAUUCAGGCUGGAGCGUCCAUGGAUACGUCAAACGAGCUUGGCGAGACACCUACCAGCCUUGCUGGAAAGUCCACCAACACUGCAGUCCACAAGGCUAUUCGCCCAAAGGAUGAAAAGCCGGAAUGGAAGCCUGAGCUCGAGAAUUUUCUCGUUAGCUCCGGUCUGUUUGCCCUGUCGUACUUCAAGAAUUUCAAGGAUGUCGGCAAGAACGCCAUAAAUCGCCUUGCUGCAUUGUCAGAGCCAGUGCCAGGCCAAAUUACGAACCCCCGCACGGCGGAGGAUUUCAAGUCGAACCUUAAUAACUUCAUCAAUGCAAAAGGUCUUGAGGACUUCUACCCACAGGGCAAUGAAUAUGUGGCCAAGGUAGCAGAGAAAGCAGCCAAGAUCCUGAGCGAUUCAACUUUGCCGGGUGCAACACCCAGGAAUGUGACCAUCAUGUCCCGCCAGGCUUUGUACCAGCCUAUCCUGUAUUGCGACGACAGUGGCUCGAUGAAGGAUGACGACCGCAUGAGCCGUCAGUCAUUUAUGGUCGAACGGAUGGCACGUCUCAUCACGGACGCUGCUCCCGAAGAGGGCGCACUUGUUCAUCUUCGCUUCAUCAACAAGAACGACAAAUUUGAUAACCUCAAACCCAGCGAGCUUGCCUCAAAGAUGAACUUCACCCCCGAUGGAGCGACUCAGCUGGGCACGAACCUAAAAAAUAAAGUCUUGAAUGACUUCCUCUACAGCCCCGUUAACAGCGGCAAUGUGUUGCAGCGGCCCCUUCUCAUUCUGACAGUCACCGACGGAUGUCCCAAUCAGGAGCCUACCGAGACAUUCGAAAAGGAAAUCAGGGCAUCGCUGGACUUUUUGAGGAAAAACGGCUACGGAGAAGAAGCCGUCCGGUAUGACCUUAGCCAGGUGGGCAAUGCGACUGAGGCUACUCAGUUCUUGGAAAGCUGGGAGAUGAAUGAUCUUGUCCCCAAUAAUAUCUAUGUGACUGCUGAACAUUUGGAUGGCCAAUUCGAGAACUUGAGAGACAACGAUGCUGAUCUCAAUACUUGGAUCCUGGAGAGACUUGAUAAGACUACCCCGAUCACUUAUUAG